CUACGCGCCUAGCGUCAGACUGUGUCGCGUCUGCCGCGCUAUCCGGUUUUAUUACGCGCUUCAAAAUUAAAUAUCGAACGCCGCGUGCGAAAUUUUAAAAAUUUAAAAACAAACAAAGCAAAGAGAUUUGUUGUGUUAGUGAUAUUGUUUUGUGAGUGUGUUAUACUGGAAAUAAAAAAAAACUGUUUCUUUUUUUAUUACAGUGACUAAUGAAAAGAGUGUUCCGUUUUCCGCAUUAGGUUUUAUUCGUUAAAUUUUCAUAUAUGGGAUUUUCGUAUGUACGCCUCUGUGUUGUGGAAUUUCGCACUGUAUGAAUGGAUAUUUUAUUGUGAUUGAACAACGGUUGCCGCUACAGAAGACGUACCAGCUGCUUGGAAUUUUUGCAUAAACCAUCAUAAAUCAACCGCCGGCAGAUUCCCGCCUCAACUCGAAAUAGACAUGGCGCCAAAAUUCAACAUGACCGCUUUAAAAAUAAACGGUUCGGGCAAAGGAAGUUAAAACGUUCGUCCAAAAAUGUGAACACAAUUCCACAUGGGAUAUUUGUAUUAGUAGUGCGUUUAAAUUACUAUAAUGCGAUCUGAUAGACACAAAGUGACGAGCAGGGCUGUCAAGCCAUUGUUUUUGUUGCUCCGGACUUGGGGUGUGGUGGUGUUUUUAACUUUGGCACUGUUCGGUGUGUGUUGUGGUUAUCAAGAGCAGAAGUUUGCUAUGGAGCCUCAAGAUCAGACAGCCGUGGUUGGAUCCAGAGUUACCCUCCCCUGUCGAGUGGAGAAGAAGGCAGGCCAGCUACAAUGGACCAAAGACGACUUCGGUCUGGGCCUCCACAGAGAACUGAGUGGAUACGACCGGUACAAAAUGAUCGGGAGUGAUGAAGAAGGGGAUUACUCGUUGGACAUUCGAGAUGUUACUCUGGAUGACGAUGCCAAGUAUCAGUGCCAAGUCAGCUCUGGACCUAGAGGUGAGCCGGCAAUUAGGUCACGAUACGCCCAGCUUACGGUCCUCGUUCCACCGGAGCCACCCAAAAUCCUAGAAGGCGAUUUCUACUCUACGUCCGAAGACAGAAUGAUCAAAUUGGAAUGUGUGUCCGUUGGCGGGAAACCACCGGCCGAGAUUACGUGGGUUGACAGCAACGCCGGUGUUUUGACACAAGGCGUAACGUAUUCUGUGGAGCCAUUGCCGGACGGACAGCGGUUUACGGCAAGGUCAAUCAUCAACAUGACACCAAAAAAAGAGCAUCACAAUCAGACCUUCACGUGUCAGGCUCAAAAUACUGCUGACAGAGCCUACAGAGCCGCCAGUGUUCAAGUGGAGGUGAAAUACGCGCCGAAAGUGAAAAUAUAUAUCAAAUCUGCGGUGAAGGGGAGGAUACCGGAGAACCAGGACGUUGUUAUUGUUUGCAAAGCAGACGCAAACCCUACAAAUCUGACCUUCAAAUGGUUUUUGAACGAUGCACCCGUAGUUGGGAACACAACAGAACUGAAAAUUCACAACAUAACGAGGAAAUACCACGACGCCAUAGUCAAGUGUGAAGUUUACAACGAAGUGGGGAAAACUGAGGAAACACAAAUUUUAGAAAUUACAUACGCCCCGACGUUCAGAAACCGGCCAAAGGAUGUGGAGGCAGAAAUCGGUACCCCAAUCACUCUGAGUUGCGACGUUGACGGCUACCCCGCCCCUGAGAUAAGGUGGCUUCACCACGAGGAAGAUCAGACUAUUCGUGUCGGGAAAACUGUAAACCUCACCUUGACUGUGGAUACUCAUACUUCCGGUCGUUAUCUUUGCCAAGCAGAAGUCGAAGGCUACCCUCAAAUAGAAGCAGAAGCAGCUGUGUUCAUCAAAGGACCUCCUAAAAUUCUAUCAAAUGCGACCCAAUAUGGCUCCCAGGGGGACACCGUUAACAUAGAGUGUGCAGCCUUCUCCGUGCCCAGAAUUGAGAACAUUAUAUGGACGUUCGACGGAAGAGAGAUCGAUUCGAUACAUGACCAGGAUUACGCAUUCCUCGAAGAUCUACAACCAGGCGGAGUCGUCAACUCAACUUUGAUUAUACGAGAGAGUCAAUCGAAACACUUCGGCACUUACAAAUGCAACGUUUCCAAUGACUUCGGUAGUGACACACUUGAAAUCACACUGAAGCCGAACAAAACGUUCCCCUUGCUUUUAAUUCUCUUUGGGGUAACAUCCGGAACUAUUUUGGUGGCCGCGCUGAUAAUGCUCGUGAUACUAUGCCAGAGGAAGCAGAGAAAGAAUAAGCAAACACAAGUGACAGAGAAGCCAGAUGUAACAGUAACUGCCGAGGAACUAUUCAAAGAGAACGACAGGAACUCGAAUAUAAGCGAUUUGAAACUGGAAUUGAGACAAGCAAAUGGCAGCUGUGAAAUUGAUUACUCGAAUACCGGAUCAGAUAGUACUCUCUGUUCUAAUGCGAAGCUUGGCAGCGGAGUGGCAUUAUCGGGGACAGUGCAACUAUCUACGAUGAACCAAAACAAUACGUAUCAACCUUACAGAUACAGCAACGAUUAUAACGAUCCGGCUUACGCGGACUGCUACAAGCAGGUAAACGGUUUCGGAAAUGGUUAUCAAACUUAUGUCCACUAUGGGCAUGAUUAUACACCCGGUUCUUUAAGAGUACAAUCACCAACCAUGGGCAGUGAUAAGUUGACACCUAACAGGUCUGUCAACGGGAGUCUGCCGAGAAGUGUAGACACAUCGUCCACUGUCAAAUAUAAUCCAGGAAAUGGUUCCCAAAAUAACUCCCUGCAACGUUCCGCUAAGCGCCAGGAUAGUAACAAUGCACUGAAUAAUUUAGGCUUGCCAUCGACAGAAGUAAAUCGAGUACCUAACGGUAUUCUGCACGGCGUAGAUGUAAGAUACGCCGCCACUUACGGCAAUCCUCAUCUAAGGUCUGGUGGAGGCUUGGGCUUUGCAACUGUGAACACAGCAAAGCCUGCAUCUACGCCUGCACCUCCGCCAUAUUCAUCUGUAAGAAGUUCAGUAGUAAUACCUUCAGGUACAUCAUCUCAUUCAAUUACAUCACCGACUAGCCUUGCUUCGCCACAGUGCACAACGAGUCCUAUCACGACUUCCACGAUGUCCAAUGAUAGUGCUCAACCGACGGCGGGAGUCGCUACGUCAUCGGCGACGCCACAGUCGCCUAGCGCACAUUAUAUUUUAGCCCCGUCUAGCAGGGCCAUUGCUAGUGUUGCUGUUACUAAGAAAGGUAAUGGACAUCAACAACCUCUGGCGACGCACGUAUAACCCUUAGUUAAAGCAACGUAAAGACUAUUUUGAACAUUGAGUUUUAGCGGCCGUAUGAAUUUGAUACUUGCAAGUGACUUUAGUGAGUGUAACGUGUUUUUGUGCUAACAUUGAACUUGAGAAGUCAAGACGUGAUGCCUGGUUGAACGUUAAAUGUGUAAGUUUUUUUAAUGGUAUUACUAUUAUAAUAUAAAAGUUUUUUCGAAAGCGCUGUUGACUUAUUGCUGUUUACGAGAGUAUCAAACUGAUUCUUCUCAAUAUUUUCAAUGUGUGAGCAUUUUUUUAAGAAGCAACUAGCUUUUUCUUCUUGUUAUUAAACUGUGAAAUAACUAAGAGCAUUGUUUUGUAUUAAAAUCGAAAACUAAAUCAAUUUUUUUAUGUAAUAAUUCUACAGCAUUAGAUCAAUAGUGUUUAAAUUGUAUUAAAAAUAACAGUUUUUUUAGUAAGCGAAAUGAGCACAAGGAUUUUAGGGCUGAAGUUGUAAAACCAGUUUUGUUUGUUUUCGCUUAUAUUUUAACUUACUGAAAAAACACAUUAUAUGAUUUUUUUUAGCAACAGAUACAUUACUUUAUUUUAUAGAUGAAAAAAGGGUAAAUAAUAGGAUAUCUUUAGAAUUUAUAUUCGAAACGAAUGCAGUUUCUUGCUAUGUACAAUUGAAUAAAUAAUAUUGUGACAAUCAGUCCGUUAAAGAUUCGAAAUAGAGUGAGAAAUUGCGGAAUUGGAGGUUAAUAAUUAUCAUUAUCCUCUUGUUGGUUCAUGAAAACCAAAAUCUAGUUCAAACUUAAUAACUUUAAUGUCAUUUUAAAUAAAAACAAACCCUUUUCAAUUCGCGUCAAUGUUAUUUGUCAAUUUUAUACCAAAAUACUAAAGUCAAUAUAAACAACUCUUUUUGAAAAAAAUAAAUAAAUAAAUUUAAUUCACUUUUGUUAUCGAAAUAUUUUCAAGGCUUAAGUAGAAAAGAAGGCAAAAGCAGAAUAGAAUUUUAUUCAGACGUAGAAAUAAUGAUGUUUUAUUAUUACGAGUACAAUUUCUUAAGUUGGCUUAGCAUUAUGAAAAUUGGAAGUAAAACCUUCCCUACGUUGUCCAUUUCGAUAAUAAGUUUAUCUGACAUUGAUGGAACGAACUCUUGCAUAAGUGAGCUAUACUUUUACGAUUAUUGAAGAACGUAAUUAAGUAUAGUUAUUUACAUUUCAAAGAACAGAAAUGUAAUAAAUACAUAAAUGAUUUUGUGGUUCAGUUGAAACAUGGCACUUAAUUCAAAAAUAUUUUAUAUUGGAAAUUAAGUACCUAGUUUGAUAAUGGGGGAAUUCAAAAUAUAACUGGAACCCGUUAUGACGCCCAAGUGUAAAGAUAAAAAAGAUAUAUAAUUAUAUUGAAAUGGAAAGUUCUAUCCUGUAGAGUCUAACAUAAAAAUAAAAGCUCCUGAAUUUUUAUACCUAACUUCAUUCUUCGACUUCGUUACUAUUAUUUUUUAAAUAAAAAAAGUAAAAUAUCAAAAUCAAAUAGAUCAACUUUAUUUAAAAUCAGAAUUAUGUACUUAUUUUUAUUUUACACAUAUAUACUUUAUACUAUUUACUCUAUAGUAAAGAUGUUUUUAUUAUUUUGUAAUUAUUAAUAAAAUAUCAUUUUGAAAAUUUAAAUUAUUAUAUCCCAUCGAUUGAGAUACAUCAAUUCUAGAACUAUUGAAUAAGCUUUAAUUUAUCGUGCCAUUUUCUGCUAAAAACAUAUCUGUCUACAAUGUAAAAAAAAAUUACAUUAUAAAUAUCAAACUAAUAUCACUAUUAGCACCGAUCUUCCACUUAAUUCAACGCAUAAUAUGUCAAUUUUUAAUAAUUAUUUUUAAUCUUUGAAAUAAAUUAUUAUUAAAAUUUAUUAUAGAUGAAUUUAAUUUUAUCUGCAUCAUAGAAAUAGAUGUUUGAUAAAAUUUUAUAUUUACACACUAUCGUAUUCGUGCUCAACUAAAAUUGAAAAAAAUAAAUGGAAAAUUUGUUUAAUAUUUCGACCUAAGACUGAUUAGACUAACCUUAACUGAAUCACUUUUUAAAGCGAUGUAUUUUUUGUGAAAUUGAAAUAACAAACUUUAAUUCGUUACUUAAAUAGAGUAUUGAGGAGUUGCUCGGUUAACAAACAAACCGUUUUGUAUGAUUACCCAAGCACCAUGCAUAUAUUUACCGACUGUAUAAUUUUGGGAUUGUUAUUUUUCGUAUUAUUUGUUUAACACAAUAAAUUAUGACUCCCCUAACCGUAUGCUAUGGGCAUCAUGUCUGAUAUAAUAACAGUUAUCGGCCGUGGGAAUGACACAAAUGACGUGACACAUUAUAUUACUGACACAAAUUGAAUAUAACCUUGUAAUAUUGAUUUUGUGUUUCCGUGUGCUGCUGAAAGGUAGCUGUCAACAGUUCGGGUUUUCUUUGGUAAAUUAUUAAUAAGGCGAAAAGUUUUGGUCGGCGUCGUCGUGCUGUUUUAAUUGCGGCUUUGAUUCAACACCAUCCUUUAGCCGUGUGAAGCCCACCGUACGACCAUAGACUUUCCCUAAAGGUUUCUAUUCUACAUCAAUCGAUUCCGGUUUGUCUGCAUCUAGCAGCCUCCCUCAACCUUUACCAGAUUGUUGGUCCAUCUAGUGGGAGCCUACUCAUUUAGCAUCGUCCACCACACCAGUAGUCAUCGAGUUUUUUCACUGCGUUUGUCAUCUACACUCGAGCAAUCCUUGCAGCGAUGUUUGAGUUUGCGAUGAGCAAUGGACUAUUGGCCACUAUUUGACUUGGAGCCUUCACAUGAGAACCAUUACUAUGAGUCUCAUAUUGCUACGUUUCGCUUCUGUGGCUCAUCAUUGGCACCAUACACUGUUCAUUGAAUCUCAUCUUGAGACACUGAUCUAAUGUGAACACAAAGAUUUUUCUUGAUUUCCCGGUCACCACCCGGUUAAUGUAGAAAACUAAAUUCUCUUUUUACCUUCGAUUCAUAAAUAUUUGUGGUAUCGUCAUUUUGUUUAACGCCCAUGUUGUGCUUUAUUUACAUAAAUACUUUGGAAUCGGAGCAAUAUUAGAAUGUCUCAUUUAUGUAUCAGGUAAAUGUUUCACGUCUAUUCCGAUUUCAAUUUCACAAAAUGUUAUUCACUUGUAAAUGUUUACUACUAAUAUCAUAUUCGGAAGUAGCAUUAUUUUUACAUUAAUGUUUAAAUUGAUCAUAUCAGUAUUUAGUAACUGUAUUUAUAUUGAUGAUGUGCAGAUUAUUGUAAUCAUUAAACCUACUCACCCCUUGAGCUAGGCUAAAUACCUACCUUUGUCGUUUGUAAAAUAUAGUAGAGUUCUAUAGGAUAUGGGUAUUUUCAAAAUCCGUCAUAGUAAAUAAUUUCUUGACAAUUAGUUCAUAUAGUGAAGAAAUAUAUUUAAUAGCAGGGGUCGAACUCCAUCCCCUGAUCUCUAUUGCGAUUUCACUAGAGCUGCCUUAGGUAUUUCCAUCUUAUUAAAAUUAUAUAACUUUUUUAACGUCUAUUACAGAUUUGUUUCUAUUUAAUAGAUUAGGUAUCAUAUUACCUACAACAUUGUCGGUUACAGUAAAAUUUCUUUUUUAGAAAAUGCAUUUUUUUUAUUUUAUUAAUUUUAAUAAAUAAUGCCACUUUCUUAAUAUGAAUAUACAUAGAUACACGUAAUUAUUGCAAUUAUCAAACAGCUUGAAAGUAAUUUUAAAAUAGAUUAGAUAAAAUUAAUAUUGUAAUGUCGCUUAAAAUCACUUCAUCCGUCUUUACUAUUAUAAAAAAAAAGUAUAAAUAAUUUCAUUGUGAUUUCUUCUUAUAGCAAUGAUAUUUGAAAGUCAAUUAAGAAUUAUUAUAUUAAUCCUAAAAUAGGGUUUCUUUUUAUACAAAUAUUAUUAUAUUUCAUUGUUUUUUUAAUACUUAUAUUUUAGACUACUUAAGUUUUUUAGACUACUUAUAAAUAAUUACAUAAGGUGUCAAUUUAAAAAUAAAGAAAAUCUAUACUCUCUAUCAAAAAAAUCUAUUUUCUUUUCGUGUCGAAAGUCAAAAGUAUAGUCUAUUUAAUCAAGAUUAUCAACGAAAAAUAAUACUUGUUAUAUGAAGCAAAAAUUUUGCGCUCCAGAAGAUAUCAAUUUUAAAUUGUAACUAAUAAAAAAAUAUUUUCUCUUUUUUUUAUGAAUUGACACAUUUUUAAAUUUUAAUUAAAUCGUUUUCUACAUCAAAUACCAGAUGUGUGUACAUACUUGUUAUUCUAAGUAUCAUCCUAUUGUAAAAUUACAAUUAUUAUGCUAGAAACGUAAUUAUUAUUUUCUGUGAUACAUAGAUUAAAAAGUGUUUUUUGUAAAUACCAGUCGCUACUAUGACAUUGUUAAGUAUGUAAAUUUACAAUCAUAUUAUAUUAAAAUCAUUAUAUUACACUAUGAUUUUGAUUUUGGUGCUGACAUGUUCACGUUUGAAUUGACUCGUUAUUUAGUAAAAUACAAACAAAGGUGAGAACAUUUAGUAGCACCCACCCCGUCUAAUUCUAAAUGACAUGAAGCUUCGUACUGGAUUGAUAACUCACUUUCGCAACAAUAUGCGGAUAUUAUCUUUAUAAAAUUUAUAAUUGAUGAAAGAAAGAGCUAAGCUUGCAGCUUAAGAAUGGCUAGAAGAAUUUCGACGCGGUCCGUGAGGGCCGCGGUAGCAUAAUUGGUCAGUGCAUUCGCCCGGAUUGCGAAGGGUGCGGGUUCGAGUCCCGUCUGCUGCCUGGUCCGCGUGGAA